ACAAUGGCACUUCCUGCUCUUUUCACGAGCUUCCUUCCCUCCUCAACCCGCCAUAGCCAACCUUCUCCCUCGUUCUUUAGACACCCUCGCUCCUCAUUCCCCUCCUCCGCCUCCUCCGGCGCCCGAUCGGUGACAUGCUCUUCCAUAGUUAAAGAUCAAGAGAUCGUGAGACGUUCAGCGAAUUGGAAACCUAACAUGUGGGACUAUGGCUUUCUGCAAUCACUCAGUGUCGAUUGCACGGAGGAUAAUUAUACCGAACAAGUGCAAAGGUUCAAGGAAGACGUCGAGGGUCUAUUCGACAGGGAGAUGAACCAGGUGGCCAAGUUCGAGUUCAUUGACGCAGUUCAAAGACUAGGACUAGGAUACCAUUUCGAGAUGGAGAUCAAGAACGCUCUCAGCUCCAUCGAUAACGCCAUUGAAGAUGCUCAGGUUUUGAACGGUCUCUACACCGCUUCCCUGCGAUUCCGGCUACUCGGACAACAUGGAUACAAUGUACCGCAAGAUGUGUUCCGAAAAUUUAUGAACAAGACAGGCACGUUUGACGAAUCACUCAGUAUGGAUGUAAACGGGCUUCUCGGUCUUUAUGAAGCUUCUUUUCAUGGAUUGGAAGGUGAAACCAUACUUGAUGAAGCUAGGAACUUUGCUUCUAAGCAUCUGAAGGAUCUAAACCUCGACAAACUUCCCGCUAUACUAGCUAGCCACGUGAGUCAUGCAUUAGAUAUGCCGAUCCACUGGAGGCCAAACAGGUUGGAGGCUCGGUGGUUCAUGGACAUGUACGAGAAACAGCAAGACAUGAUCCCCUCUUUACUACGAUUGGCUAAAUUAGACUUCAAUUUAGUGCAAUCAGUCCAUAAGAAGGAAGUUAGCAAUAUGGCAAGGUGGUGGGUUGAUCUUGGCGCGAACAAGAUGACCUUCUUUAGGGACAGGCUAGUGGAACACUAUUUUUGGAACUGUGCAAUGGUUUUUGAACCUCAAUACACAACAUACAGAGAAAUGACAACCAAGCUUACCUGUAUGGUGACACUUAUCGAUGACGUUUAUGAUGUAUAUGGGACCCUGGAAGAACUUGAGCUCUUAACAAAUUUCAUCGUCAGGUGGGACAUCACAGACAUCGACAAGCUUCCUCCAAUAAUAAGAGACAGUUACAUGGCCUUGUACAAUACGACCAACGAAAUUGGGUAUUGGACGAUGAGAGAGCUAGGAAUCAACACCAUCCCUUACAUGCGAAAAGUGUGGGCGGAUGAAUGUGAGGCCUACAUAAAGGAGGCCCGUUGGUACAACAAGGGUAUUAAACCUACAAUGAAGGAGUACAUAAACAACGCGGUGGAUUCAAUCGGAGGGCUGAUUAUGCUGUUGGGCAGCUACUUCCUAACCACGGAUGAAUUGAUGGAAGAGGGACUUGACUACGUGUCGAACAUCCCGAGUGUCAUGCAUUGUUCUGCCAAGAUUCUUCGACUCAACAACGAUCUCAGCACAUCAUCGUAUGAAUUGGCACGAGGAGACAACUUCAAGGCGUUGGAAUGCUUCAUGAAUGAAACUAGCGCUUCAGAAGAGGCCGCGCGGGAACACAUCAGGCAUUUGGUGCACGAGACAUGGAAGCGGAUGAACAAAGGCAUGUUUGAGGACUACCCGUUUCCCGGGUUCGGCCCUUUCCUGGGUGCUUGUUUGAACUUGGCACGAGCCUCUCAAUGCUUUUACCAAUAUGGAGACGGACAUGGCCUUCCUGACCACGAAACCAAGAAGCAUCUUGUGUCGGCUUUAUUCGAACCCGUGCCCCUUGAUUAAGGAUGCAUUAUUGACCAAGGUCAUGCUUUUGGAAUGGAAGUCUAU